AUGACUUCGUCGGCGUGGUUGCCGCAGGAGGCGCAGCCACAUGUGUCCGGAGAAAAGUCUCUUCCUAUGGCUUCUUCCACCUCUAGUUCCGCUACUGCUACUCCUUCCACCGGUAAACCUACUACACCUUUACGCUUUCGAUUCAUCGGAUCUCCGGCAUCAGCACCGGCACCUCCAUUCCCUUACGGCGUGCUUCAGUAUGCCAACACUUCGGGGAGUUCUCAACAGUCAUCGACAAAUAAUGCGCUUGUUCUUACCCUCUACUCUGUUGUUUCUGGUGUCUCGUCGCAUUCUGCUCCUUCAUUUUCGUACAAUAUUCCCCAGAGUGGUGCCGCUUUUUCCAGCAACCAGCAGCAUACUCAAUCUAGCUCUGUAAGGCCUUUACCGGAAAUUUGUGAAGAUCACUUGACACUUGAUCAGUUUGACAACAAUAUGGGACAGUUGAAAGUGGUGGAGUGCUACUCCUUUAUUCCCUUCUACCAUGAAACUGAAUCGAAAAAUGUAUCGGAUUCUGUUGCACAGGAUGUUACUAAAUUGUCAUCUGUGUCAAGUAUCCCUCAUUCUGCUCAUACAUCUACAUCGAUAAUGCCUCCCUCUGACCCUAAUUAUCUUCCAAGUACUUCAUGGAUGCCCACUGCAAUGUCUUUUCCCUUGCAUCCUGUAAUGCCUACUCCAGGAAAUCCUGGCCCUCCUGGAUUAGCAUCAUCUUCGGUAGUGUCCAUCAAUCCUGCUGUUCCAUCCACUGGAAUAGAUUCUUCCUCAGCUGCCUUACUGAGACCAAACAUGCCAAUUUCAGCCAUUGCAUCAGAUCCUACUACCCCUCAUAAAGGUUUACCCUAUCCAUCCAUGCCUUCAAUGGCUGCUCCCCCUCAGGGAUUUUGGGUACAACCCCCACAUUUGAGUGGUGUCUUUAGGCCACCGUAUCUUCAAUACCCUGCUCCUUUUCCUGUCUCCUUUCCAUUUCCAGCACGCAGUGUUACUCUUCCUGCUGUUCCAAUACCUGAUUCUCAACCUCCCGGUGUUACACCUGUGAGUGGUGGUGGUGGCACUUCUACACCUGCUUCCAGCAAUCAUCUGAGGGGAACAAUGGCUUCGCAAACUGAAGUUAUUUCAGGGCCAGCUGAUGAUAAUAAGAAAUUAAAUGCUGUCAUCACCCAACAUGAGGAUGCUGCUAAUAAUGAACAAUUAGAGGCCUGGACAGCCCACAAGACUGAAGCAGGAAUUAUAUACUAUUACAAUGCCGUGACUGGAGUAUCAACAUAUGAUAAACCUUCUGGAUUUAAAGGGGAGGGUAUUAUGAGAUUCUUUGUUCACGGGAUGGACUUGCCUGGUACUGAUUGGCUGUUGGUCUCUACUAGUGAUGGGAAAAAAUAUUACUACAAUAAUCGAACCAAGACUAGCUGCUGGCAAAUCCCAAAUGAGGUGGCUGAAUUGAAAAAGAAACAAGAUGGUGAUGUUACAAAAGAUCAGUUAAUGUCAGUUCCAAAUACUAAUGUAUUGUCUGAUAGAGGGUCUGGAAUGGUUUCUCUGAAUGCUCCUGCUAUUAAUACUGGUGGUCGUGAUGCUGCAGCUCUUAAACCCUCUAGUAUACAGAGCUCAUCUUCGGCGUUGGAUUUAAUCAAGAAGAAAUUGCAGGACUCAGGAACACCUGUUACUUCCUCUUCUAUUCCUGUGCCAUCAGGACAAACAGGAUCUGAAACAAAUGGUUCAAAAGCAGUUGAAUCUACAGCUAAGGGCAUGCAAGCAGAUAAUAACAAAGAUAAACAAAAAGAUAGUAAUGGUGCUGCUAAUGUUUCAGAUACAUCCUCAGAUUCUGAAGAUGAAGAUAGUGGACCUUCAAAGGAGGAGUGCAUAAUUCAAUUUAAGGAGAUGCUUAAGGAGAGAGGAGUGGCACCAUUCUCAAAGUGGGAGAAAGAAUUGCCAAAGAUAGUGUUUGAUCCACGUUUUAAGGCCAUCCCAAGUUAUUCUGCUAGGAGAUCCUUGUUUGAGCAUUAUGUUAAAACUCGUGCUGAAGAAGAACGCAAAGAAAAGCGUGCUGCACAGAAGGCAGCAAUUGAAGGAUUUAAGCAAUUGCUGGAUGAAGCCUCAGAGGAUAUUAAUAGCAGUACUGAUUAUCAAACUUUUCGGAAGAAAUGGGGAAAUGAUCCACGGUUUGAGGCAUUGGACCGCAAGGAGCAAGAGCAUCUAUUGAAUGAAAGAGUGCUUCCUUUGAAAAAAGCCGCCGAAGAAAAGUCGCAAGCAAUGCGUGCAGCUGCUGCCACCUGUUUUAAGUCAAUGCUUAAGGAGCAAGGAGAUAUAUCUUUUAACUCACGUUGGUCAAGGGUUAAAGAAAAUUUAAGGGAUGACCCAAGAUAUAAAUCUGUGAGGCAUGAGGACAGGGAAGUUUUGUUCAAUGAGUAUAUAUCUGAAUUGAAAGCUGCUGAACAUGCAGCAGAAAGAGAGGCUAAAGCUAGAAGGGAGGAGCAGGACAAGCUCAGGGAAAGAGAACGAGAGCUGCGCAAAAGGAAGGAAAGAGAAGAACAGGAAAUGGAGAGGGUGCGAUUAAAAAUUCGAAGAAAGGAGGCAGUUACUUCUUUUCAAGCUUUACUGGUGGAGACAAUCAAAGAUCCUCUGGCAUCAUGGACGGAAUCCAAGCCUAAAUUAGAAAAGGAUCCUCAAGGACGUGCAACUAAUCCUGAACUCGAUUCUUCUGACACGGAAAAGUUGUUUCGGGAACACGUGAAGAUGCUUCAGGAGCGAUGUGCUCACGAGUUUAGAGUACUCUUAUCUGAAGUAUUGACUUCUGAUGCUGCAACUCAAGAAAGUGACGAUGGAAAAACAGUGCUUAAUUCUUGGUCUACAGCAAAGCGUGUUCUAAAAUCUGAUCCAAGAUAUAGCAAAGUUCAAAGAAAAGAAAGAGAAGCAUUGUGGCGCCGGUAUGCAGAGGAUAUACUGCGGCGGCAAAAGGCAUCUCAUUCUCAUGAUUCCAGGGACGAGAAACAUACUGAUGCUAAAGCUAGGAAUUCUCUAGAAUCUUCCAAACAUCCAUUGGAAUCUGGGAGAUCGCACGACCGAAGAUAA